AAGUAUAUAUUAUCAAAAUGAUGGAUGGAAAAUUUGUCAAGGCAUGCCAAAAAAUGGGCACCAAAGUGAUAACUUGUGCAACAAAUUGUGACAAAUGUUGUAUGUGGACAAAGUGGCCAUUUGUGCAAGAAGAUAAUAAUAUCCCUAGAGAUGUCCCAAAGGGUCACUUGGUGGUGUAUGUAGGAAAAUACCAAAAGAGGUUUGUAAUCAAAAUUAGUUUGCUCAAGCAUCCACUAUUCAAAGCAUUGUUAGAUCAAGCACAAGAAGAUUUUUAUGAUUACAAUCAUGUUGAGUCAAAAUUAUGGAUCCCUUGUGAUGAAAACAUAUUUGUAAGUGUUAUAAGAUGUGCCACAUCUCCAAAAAAUAGACGUAUCUCUAUAUGUUUUUGAUGUUGAAAUCAUAUAUAUAGCCUGUGAUUAAAUUUCAUUAAUUCAUGAUGUUCAACUCAUAGAUAGAAUGUUGACAUUUUUAAGUCUAUUAUAUCAUCAUAUCGUAUGUAUACACCUCCAAAAGCUAGCUCGAAGGGAGGAGGAUUGUCUAAGCCUUAUAAGAUCCCAGAAUGCCAUUCAUUUACUAAUGUGGGACAUUUCAUUCAUCGCCCCUCGUGUCUGGAUCCGAAUAUUCUCUAUCAAAGAUUUCACUGUCUGGUCCAGUACGUGCACAUUCAUGGACCGGGGAUGUUUCCACCCACACAACUAUUCGAUUUCCUAGGGGGCCACAUUGAGCAAGGUUAUGAUACUAUAUAAAAUUAGGUCCUGGGUAUAACGCAUACCCCAAAAGCUUAGCUCAAAUGGAGAAAGAUUGCUCAAGCCUUAUCACGAGUCAAGGAUUCCAUUCAUUCACUGAUGUAGGACAUUCCAUUCAUCAAGUCACUCAGUGGCGUAUGUGAAAUUUUGUGAAGUAAUAUCAGUGUAUUAUCACAAAUGUUAACUUGUAUGUGUUAAAUCUAUAUAUGUCGUUGCAUCUUGUGCAAAUUGAUGCUUAUUUUGUGUUAAUUCAAGCAUUAUG